AGUACUCUUUACUUCGUCCUUACUACAGGCACCGAGGAAAAAAAACAACACCCUUUAAUCAUUCAUCCAUAAAAUCUCUGUUCUGUUUUUUCUUGGUCCUCUCUGCUUCAAUCUUCUCCAAGCUCACGGCCAACACAAGUUUUCAGUUUCUUCACGAGCUUCCAUAGAAUAUUUUUUGCAUACAUACAAAGGUGUUUUGGUGGUCAAGAGAGUGUGAUAUGGGUUCUGGGAACUUUUUCAAGGCAAUAAUUGGAUCAAAGAAAGGGAAACAAACAGGCAGCAAGAAGGAGAAGGGGCUUUCAGCUGCUGUGAAAUCAAAGAAGAAGGGUACUCAUGCUUCAUCACUAGUUGUCCGUAGCCAGGAUUGGGCUGCCACUCGAAUUCAGUCUGCUUUUAAAGCCUAUCAGGCUAGAAAAAUGCUAAGGCGUCUAAAAGGGAUAGCAAGAGCAAAGAUGUUAGCUGAAAAGCAUCCAGUGAAGAAGCAAGCGGCGGUUACAUUGAAGUAUCUUCACUCAUGGAGUAAUAUACAGUCUCAGAUAAAGACCCGCCGAGUUGGCAUGGUCAUGGAAAGCCGACUGAUGCAUAAAAGGUUAGAGAAUCAGCAGAAGCUUGAGGCUAAGCUUCACGAUAUUGAGGUUGAAUGGAAUGGUGGGGCAGAGACAAAAGAUGAAAUCUUAGGCAGGAUACACCAAAGGGAAGAAGCAACGAUCAAGCGGGAAAGAGCCUUGGCUUAUGCCUUCUCUCAUCAGUGGAAAGCAGAUGGUAAGACUCAGUGGCUGGGGGGUUAUGAGCUGGGGAAUACUAACUGGGGUUGGAGCUGGAAAGAGCGUUGGAUUGCUGUUCGGCCUUGGGAAGUAAGAUAUUCUUUGACUCCUAAGAAACCAAAGGGCUUAAAGACAGUUUGUUGCAAGAGUGAAACUAAAUCAAACUCACCAGCAAAGAGAGUAUCAUCAGUUUCAGCCAAAGCUCCGUCUUCUGGACCUAGAAACGCCGUGAAACCACGGAGAUUGUCAUUUCCAGGCGCCUGAACUUAAGUUAACGUGUGUCUGCGUAUACGAGUAAACUAUACAAAACGUACCUUUAUCUUGAUAAGAGGACUGAGACUGCAAGAUUUGAAGGGGUAUAUUCAUUUGGUGUGUGUGUUAUGUUCUGUGAUGUGAUGUAAAUACAUGUAUUUGAUAUGUAGGCAAUGAUGGUGAUUCUUGGUUUGGUUUUGUAAUACAUACAAUAGUUUGUCUU